AUGGAGACAGUGGCGGAAGAACCUAAUGAAGAAAUCAGAGGUCACGCUCCAGCUGUGGAAGAUGAAAUACUUCCUGACCACAGAUGCUAUAUACAAUUUCCAUUUAGCAUUUUAUUCUCAGCUCUUCUCUAUUGUGCUGAGAUUGUCUCUGCUGUGUAUGUUUUUUAUGUUUAUCGAAAGAAUAAUGAUGUAUACUGGAUGUCAUUCACCAUUGGCUUUACUAUUAUGGGAGCAGUUUUGGAUCAACUUAGCCUUAUGUUUUUCCACAAAGACUGGACCAGAUAUAAAUAUUUAAUGCUUAUUGGGCACAUUUUGCUUCUAGGUCCUGUGGUGAGGUGUCUGCAGAACAGUAUACGUUACCACCAAGUACUGAGAAGGCUUGAUCAAGUUAAAAAAAUAUCUCAAAUUAGCAUCAAAAGAAGAAAGAUGAUUAUAGAGAGGGAGAUUGUUCACACACUCCAUGGUGCUUUCUUGCAGUGCAAAGCUUUCUACUAUAUGUCAGUCAUCCAGACCUAUCUUAGUUCUAUUCCACAAUUAACAUUACAACUAUGUAUCACUCUCACUGUAAGAGAAUGUCCUGUGGAAAGAGCAUGUCUGAUGGCAUUUUCCCUAGUGUCAAUUACUUAUGGCUCUGUUCACUGCAACAUACUGGCCAUGCAGAUCAAGUACGAUAAUCAUUUUAAGCUACAUACAGUACAGUUCAUCUGCAUCAUGUUCUGGCGUUGUUUGGAGAUUACCUCACGUAUAGUGACUCUGGUACUUUUUAUUGCAUCUCUGAAAUCGAGGAGCUUGCCCUUUUUAUUAGUCACAUUUUCAAUAUCACUAUUGGCACCAUGGGUGGAGUUUUGGAUAAGCAGAUCUCAUCUUCCUAGAAAGACUAUAAUCGAUUUGAAGCCAAUGAGUAUAGAACUGGUGCUUACUGUGAUCACUCUACUACAUGCUGCGAUUGAAUUCUGCUGCUGGUCAGGCGUGAAGCUGCAAUUGUCAAAUGAGGAAGUAGUUGAUAAGACACACAAGGGGAGUAAUAAAGCCUUUCACUACAGCGUUCGGUUAGUAGAAAAUGUAAUAAUGAUAUUGGUAUUUAAGUUUACUGAUAGGGAAUCUUUAUUGAAUUGCUGUGACACAUUAAUUGCCACACAGGUCAUUAUAACUUACUUAUUAUCAAUUGGUUUUAUGCUUCUCUUCUACCAGUAUUUGCAGCCAGGGUGGUCAAGCAAUUUAGUACCUGACCAAACAGAAGAGAUAAACCGGAACCAAAGUAAUGUUAUAUCAACUAGAGAGUCAAAUCAAUGA